CGUAUAAUGAAGUGGACGGAACUCUUCUUUCAACAGCAGCAACAGUUAGUCAGACACCUCGGUAGCUUGAUAGACAAAAUAGACGAACCAAUAAAGCUCUUUAGACGCUUUCGUGUAUAUUAGCCACUGUGUUUUAAACACACGCAUAUCGUCUAGUUAGUUAUCCAAUUAAAUUUGAUCCAAUUUAAUUUCAUAUUUACGGUGUUGUUUUUGUUCAAGCUUGGUCAGCUAGCAGGCUGGUUAAGUUAGCAUUAGCCUACCUAGCUAACAUCUCCGACGAUGAGUUCACUAAGCUUCUCUCCUUCUAAAGAAGAGGUCUGCUGGACGGAGAAAGAGGGUCUGUGGCUGAACAUUGUCGUGAAAGAGGAGAAGGAAGAAGAGGAUGUCACAAUACAAAAACAAGUAGCGGUUGAUAAAGACGUUUCAGUGAAAGAAGAGAAAGGCGCGUUCAGAGUGAAAGAGGAGGAGGAUGUUACAGUAAAAGAAGAGGAGGAAGAGAAAGAGGAGGAUGCAGUUUUUGGAGUGAAAGAGGAGGAGGGGGAGAUGACUGUCACAUCGAAAAAGGAGGAGGAAGAAGAGGAGGACACUGGAUAUCUGGGCCCGGUUUCUCAAACGCAUCUUAAAGCGUCCAAUGGUUCUAACGGUGAACUUAGCAGUAAGAUGCUUCUGAGAAACCGUUCCUCGAUUUACACUAGAGAAGGAUGUGACUAUCGUGGAUCCUCUGGGGAGCCUCAACAACAGCAUGAUGCUGAAGAGACAGAGAAGAGUCUCUCCACAUCAGAACACCUCAAACACCAGCAGAGACCCAGAGGGAAGAAACCUCACCACUGCUCUGACUGUGGGAAGAGAUUCCCCUCUUCAGCUGACCUUAAAAGACAUCUGAGAAUCCACACGGGAGAGAAACCUAAUAGCUGUGAUCAAUGUGGGAAGAGUUUUAGUGUUACAAGCAGCCUGAAAGCACACCAGAAAACACACACAGGAGAGAAACCUUAUAGCUGUGAUCAAUGUGGGAAGAGAUUUGUUACAUCUAGCAGUCUGACUAUACACCAGAGAAUACACACUGGUGAGAAACCUUAUAGCUGUGAUCGAUGUGGGAAGAGUUUUAAUGUUCCAAGCAGCCUGAAAACACAUCAGAGAACACACACAGGAGAUAGACCUUACAGCUGUAGUCAAUGUGGGAAGAGGUUUACUUCAUCGAGCCAGCUGACUAUUCACGAGAGAACACACACAGGAGAGAAACCUUAUAGCUGUAGUCAAUGUGAGAAGAGGUUUACUCAUUCAAGCAACCUGAUGGUACAUUUGAGAACGCACACUGGAGAGAAACCUUAUAGCUGUGAUCAAUGUGGCAAGAGUUUUGUUACAUCUAGCUGUCUGACUAUGCACCAGAGAACACACACAGGAGAGAAACCUUUUAGCUGUGAUCAAUGUGGGGAAGAGUUUCACUCAGGCAAAUAUCCUGAUAGCACACCGGAGAACACACACAGGAGAGAAACCUCAUAGCUGUGAUCAAUGUGGGAAGAGUUACUCUGGUAAAAGAUCUCUUAUUAAACACCAGAAAAUACAUGAAGGACUUGUUUCAUGAUAUCAAUGAAAUGAUGUCACAAUGUAGAAUGUUUUAACAUUGUAGUAGGAGUAUUCUAAUGAUGUCAUAAUGUAGAACCCUAAAUGAUUGUCUCCUGUUCUAUUGAUUUCAGCAUGAUGUGGAUAUUAUCCUCAUCAGGGGGAAAAUCCAGGUUCUGAAUUGAAAGAGUACUAUUUAUGUGAUUAAAAUCGUGUUGUGUUAGACUUACCUCGUCAGUGACCCACUUGAAUUAAACUGU